CUUUGCUGGACAUGCUCCAUAUCCCAAAGCGGCAGCGUGCGAGAGCUGGAUAUUGAUUUCUGAGAAAUAAGAGAUUCUGGGUUAAAUAUUCUUUUCUUCGCUCAAAAAAUGAUCUGUGAAGUGGAUCUGAUUCCAACUGGUGCCUUGAGAUAACUUCUUUCUGACUGAGAGGUGUGGCUGUCCUUGUAAACUGAAAAAAAAUAUGUCUAUCCGAGGCCUGAAGAAGAAACAACCAAAGACUUUUAAAGUCAAGAUUAUAACGGUGGACGCUGAGAUGGAGUUCAGCUGUGAGAUGAAGUGGAAGGGGAAGGAUUUGUUUGACCUGGUGUGCCGAGCGCUUGGCUUAAGGGAGACUUGGUUCUUCGGCUUGCAGUACACAAUGAAGGGAAUGUGCACCUGGUUAAAGAUGGACAAAAAGGUUUUAGAUCAAGAAAUCCCUAAAGAAGACCCCAUUAGCUUUCAUUUUUUGGCUAAAUUCUACCCAGAGAAGGUAGAAGAGGAGCUGUUACAGGAAAUUACCCAGCAUUUGUUCUUUCUUCAGGUUAAGAAACAGAUACUGGAUGAGGAAAUCUAUUGUUCUCCAGAGGCAACAGUUUUACUGGCUUCUUAUGCUGUUCAAGCCAAGUAUGGUGACUACGACCCAAACUUUCACGAGCCAGGCUUUCUUGCCCAUGAUGAACUUCUACCCAAAAGGGUCCUCAGGCAGUAUCAGCUGACAGCAGAGAUGUGGGAAGAAAAGAUUACUGCUUGGUAUGCUGAGCAUAGGGGUAUUGCCAGGGAUGAAGCUGAGAUGAACUACCUGAAAAUUGCCCAAGACUUGGAAAUGUAUGGUGUCAAUUAUUUUCCCAUUGCUCAAAAUAAAAACCAUACCGAUCUCCUGCUCGGAGUUGAUGCCAAAGGUAUUCAUAUCUACAGCAUUAAUAACAGGUUCUCUCCAAAUAAAUCGUUUGAGUGGAGUGCUAUCAGAAACAUUUCCUAUAGUGAGAAGGAGUUAACCAUUAAACCUCUUGACAAAAAAGCAGAAGUCUUCAAGUUCUUUUCCUCUCAGCUCAAGGUAAACAAAUUGAUUCUGCAGUUGUGCAUUGGAAACCACGACCUAUUUAUGAGGAGAAGAAAAGUGGAUUCAAUAGAAAUUCAGCAAAUGAAAGCACAAGCCAGGGAAGAAAAGGCCAGAAAAAAGAUGGAGAAUCAAAGGCUGGCCAGAGAGAAGCAGCUCCGAGAAGAAGCUGAGCGAGCCAAAGAAGAGCUGGAAAGGCGACUUUUCCAGCUGGAAGACGAAGCCAGGCAAGCCAAUGAGGCCCUGCUUCGAUCCCAGGAAGCUGCAGAGCUGCUGGCUGAGAAAGCUCAGAUUGCAGAAGAAGAGGCGAAACUGCUGGCCCAGAAUGCUGCAGAAGCAGAGCAAGAGCGACAGAGGUUGGAGAUAACAGCUCUGAAAACCAAGGAGGAGAAACGGCUGAUGGAGCAAAAGAUGCGAGAGGCAGAAUUGAUAGCAGUGAAGCUGGUGAAGGAGUCUGACCGGAGAGCCAAGGAAGCGGAGCAUCUGAAACAAGAUCUACAUGAAGCCAGAGAAGCAGAGAGGAAAGCAAAGCAAAAACUCUUUGACAUAACCAGGCUCAAUUAUCCUCACAUGGUCAAGUACCCACACUACUUUGCAACUGACACCAGAGAUGCCAACUUUGACAAAGGGUCCAUCAAGCUGGAUUUGAAGGACAUUGACCUCAAGAGACUGUCCUUCGAGAUAGAGCGAGAGAGGCUAGAUUACUUAGAAAAGAGCAAAAAAUUUGAAGAUCGACUGAAAGAACUGAAGUCUGAAAUUCAUGCUUUGAAACUAGAAGAAAAACAGUCUGGGCUUUACUCUCACUGGAAUGAAGUAUUGGGAUCCUUGGAUCGCUCCUUAGGAAAUAUCCCAUCGUGGAUGAAAACCUUUGAAACUGGCGAUGCAUCAGAUGUAAAUCUUCAUAGGCCUUUCCCUGCUUACUCGUUAAAUCCUACAAGCAGCUGGCCUUGUACCAACAAAAUCCAACACACAGUGCCAGUGCAGAAGUCAUCUCUUCAAACCAAUUCCUUGAUUGCCAACAGUGUGGGCACAGGAACCAGAAAACAGAUUGUAAAGGUUCAGCAGCAUGACUCAGAUGUGAUCUACAUUUGAAGAGCCUCGUUUCCUUACCAGACUGGUGGAACCUGAUGGCAUCUGUUUGGCUGCCACAAAAUGCACCCACAUGAGAACGCUGGU